AUGGUUUUCUGGGUUUUUGGCUAUGGUUCAUUGGUGUGGAACCCCGGUUUUGAGGUCGACGAGAAAGUGAUAGGGUUUAUUAAGGGCUACAGGCGUGUCUUUGAUUUGGCGUGCAUCGACCACAGAGGCACGCCUGAGCUCCCGGCUAGGACCUGCACCUUGGAAGAAUAUGAAGGAUCUGUCUGCUGGGGCGCUGCUUAUUGCGUACGUGGAGGGCCGGAGAAAGAGAAGGCGGCAAUGGCGUAUCUCGAGAGACGAGAGUGUGAAUAUGACCAUAAAACUCUGGUAGACUUUUACAAAGAGGGCAAUUCCGAACAUCCCUUCGUAACUGGCGUGAUUGUAUUCACGUCAACUCCCGACAAGAUUUCGAAUAAGUAUUAUUUGGGGCCGGCUCCUUUGGAGGAGAUGGCCACGCAAAUUGCAACGGCUUUUGGUCCUUGUGGCAAUAACAGGGACUACCUGUUUUUGCUGGAGAAGGCCCUGUUUGAUAUCGGUCACGAAGAUGACUAUGUUAUCGAGCUUGCGAAUGAGGUGAGGAAGGUGCUGGGAAUAGGUAAAAGCCGUGUGGCCAUUGGGAAAAAGCUGCUGUGGUCUUCCUCAUGUGAUGUGCGGGUUAAGUCGAGCUUGUCUCCUCUCAAGUUGAGGCCUCUGCAGGAAGCAAUUGCCAUGGAUUCUUCUUAG